CGAAAUUUGUAGAGGAGAAAAUUAGAACCAUGAAGGUGGUGGGAGUCAUUGGAGGUGGGGCAGCUGGUCUCUGUGCUGCUCGACACAUCUUGUCCUCAGAGGAGCUGACCCCAAUAGUAUGGGAACAGUCGUCGCAGAUAGGUGGUACGUGGAGGCUCUCCAAAGACGUUGGGACAGAUAGCAAAGGUUUUCCUGUACACUCAAGCAUGUAUGAGAGUCUGAGGACAGAUUUACCAAAAUUGAUCAUGAAAUUCCCGGAUUUUGACUUUCCAAGUGAGGUAGAAUCUUUUGUUCAUCACACAUCUGUUCUCAAAUACCUGGAAGAUUAUGCUGAUCACUUCAAUCUUCAUCCAUAUAUUAAACUCGGCCACAAUGUUGAGAAUGUAGCUGUAUUGGAGAGUGAUGAAGGGCCUCCAUCCUGGGCUGUCACAGUGAAAGAUCUAUCAACUGAUGUAGUCAGUACUGUCACCUGUGAUGCCUUGCUUAUUUGCAAUGGACACUUCUCCACUCCUCAAAAACCACUUAUUGAAGGGAUUGAGGAUUUCAAAGGUCGACAAAUUCAUAGUCAUGACUAUCGUGAACCGUCACCAUACACAGAUUCCAAAGUUAUAAUCCUUGGUGCUGGGGCCUCUGGGCUGGAUAUUUUAAUGGAAGUAUCCACUGUUGCCAAGGAGGUACUUCUUUCUCACAACCUCCCAGUUCCCUUCCCUUCUGAGUUGCCUCCAAAUGUCAAACAAGGUCCAGGCAUAUUGAAAGUCGCGGAAAAUGGCUUUUAUCUUAAAGACGGUACCUUCCAAGAAGCAGAUUGCAUAAUAUACUGCACUGGCUAUAAAUAUACCUUCCCAUUUCUUGAAGAUAACUGUGGCAUCACUGUUGAGAAUAACUAUGUAAAGCCACUGUACAAGCAAAUUAUCAAUGCUUCCUUUCCCACCAUGGGGUUUAUAGGAAUCCCAUCUCGUAUCAUUGUGUUCCCACUCAUAAACUACCAGGUGCAAUACUUUCUUGCAACCUUAAUAGGGAAAACUCCUUUACCAAGGACAGCUGAAAUGAAAUCAGAGAUUGAAGCCUAUGCUGAAGAGAGGAAGAUGCAAGGAUGGAAAGAAAACCAGUACCACAUCCUGCAAAAUGACCAAUUCCAAUACAUGGAAGACCUGGCAACUCUGGCAGGUGUAGAAUUGCCUUCUCCACACCUAAAAAAGAUCUGGGGUGUGGUCAUUCCUCGUCUGUUUUUCUCCUUUCCAAUCUUCAAGACCUACGAUUAUUCCCUUGGAGAAGAUGGGGCAUUAAUUGAGAAGUGGGAGGGCAAGGUAGUCAGCACAUCAUGGGACCUUACUGUACUGACGGCUAAACAGACAUUCCGGCUCCUGUGGCGCAAUUUUCCUAAGAUUGCUUAUAUUUUGGGCUCUGCGGUUCUUAAGAAAUUAAGGGGUUUUGUUGGAUUGUGAUGUUCCCAGCAUAUUGUCAGAGGAAUGGUUAAAUUUUUUAAGUUUAUUGUAGGGUAUGUUCAUUUGUAAUUACUAAUGUAGCCAACUUUAGCUGAUUACAUAUUGACUAGAAAUAUUUAUAGUGCUGAUAAUGAACCCAAAAUAUGAUUAAUGUAUAGUGUGUUUUUGAUAAAUUCUUGUUAUGGCAAGAAAGAGAAUUUUGCUAGCAUUUUAUAUAUGCUGAAUCAGUAGUAAAGCAUUUAAUUAUUGCCAUAAUGAAUGAUAAAUUGGAAAAUGAUAUUUUUUCUUUACUCUUUUAAUCUUUGGUAAUUUUUAGAUCAUUUUGUGUUUUAUAGUUGGCCACCAUUGCCAGGGAAAUGUGUUCACUGUAGUACUGUUUUGUGGAAUGUCUCUGCAUAUAGAGAGCUCUGCAAGUGCUUAGCUACAAAGGAGUUAAUUAGUAGACCUUGUGACCUCACCUGAUUUCAUCUUUCCUUGACUUUGCGGGAAUAACUUUUUUUUUUCUUUUCUUUUAAUAAUGCUAUGAGUAUUAAUGCUAUUAUUUUCAUUAAAAACAUAAUUGUUAUAGCAUUACAGACAUUACUACCAGCAGUAUAAGAUAUCAGAAAUAAUUUUAAAAAUCAAGGAAACGGUAAAUCAGGUGGGACAGGUAGUACUUAUAAUUGGCUCACUGGUGACUUAGCACUUGUUGAAGCAGCUAUGUGUAAUGUUUCAGUAUUCUGGCACUUUCACUAUAUGAAACUAUCUGAUCCUCCCUUUAACAUUACUUUCUUUAAAGAUAAUUUUAGUUCAAAGAAGCAGGACUAUGACAGAUGAAUAUGUAUCUUCAAUGUUUGCUUUGUUUGAUGUGUAAGAAACAUUAAUGUACUAAAUGCAUGGAAAUACCCAAAAGACAAAAGAUGUCCUAUUCUUUUUAUACCAGUUAUUAUACUUUCUAACACAGAAUCAUGCAAAAUAUGCUGUGAUAUUUGUUGUAAAAACUUUUUUUUCUAUUAUUUCUGAUAAACCACCAUUACAGAAUAUGAUGCAUCACAAAAUAUUAUGCUAUGAUGCUAUUCCAGGGUAAACAGAGUAUUUUGAAAAUGCAAGGUAGUAGUAACAGUAGAGGAUAUUAUAGCCUGAGGCUGUGUGGAUGAGUUAGCUGAUCAAUUCUAGCUUUAUCAAGUUUAGUAAAUGAAUCAGUCUCUUUUGGCAUCUUAAAAAUGCAUUCACUAUACAUAUACAGAUAGUCCCCUACUUAAGAACAUUCUACUUAUGAACAUUCCAUACAUACAAACAAAAUUUUUUAAGUACAAAAGUCCAAAAAAAUGUUUGAAAGAUGCUAGCAAACUUCAAAUUUCCCGGGCACGAAUAUAGUUCAAGAGUGGUACUGUAUAAGGUAUAUCAUACCUAUUGGGAUUUAUUUACAGGUAUUCUUAAUGUAAACAAAACUUUAAAACAAUGGGAAAAAAGGUAAUGGAGACAUACAAACAAAUCAACUUACAAACAGCCUCUCGGUCCCCAUUAUGUUCUUAAGUUGGGGACUUACUGUACCGAAUCUUUUAGGUUUUUAAUUAACACUUUGGAUCUGGGUAGCUUGCUGCCUGCAUGGUCCAGGCAUUAGGCUUAUUUGAGGGGGCAAUUCUCGGGUAUGUGGCUUGUAGAUCUAGCAUCACAAACACUCAUGUGUGGUGUUAAGACUCCUUCCCAACCCUAUGCAAUGUUAUUAUCUCUUUUCAUACUUAAGUGUUUUUUUUUGCUUUUUUGCCAUUUUACAAGAAGUAUAUUUGUCAUAUGAUAUGUACCAAGAUGGUCAUACACUGUUUUCCUUGUACUGACUCCAUAUCAUCUCUCUAGGUAGUCAAUAACAAAAACAGUAAGUAA